AUGGGUAUACACUAUCUAGACGACGAGUCCCAACCGGCAGCCGGUACAUCAGCCGGUUCAGCCAGCGAGAACUCUCAUGAUGAGGACGGGGACGACUCUGACGCCGACAGACAUCCCGCUCACGAGACCAUUCAGCCUUCUCCAUCGAUAGAUGCGCACACGGGUGAGUCUUCCCAGUCGGUUUCUCCAGUUUGGUUAUCAAAAGAGGAAGAAGACUCGCCGGAAUUCACGUACAGGGGUCGCCGGAAGUUGGGCUUGGAGGCAAAGGGCAGCAGCUCACCGGAAAGGUGGCUCCCGGACGGCCUGUGCAAGGAGGAGGAGGAGGGUUUCGCCGGGAAAAACUUCGCGAGGAGAGAUCGCCGGAAGGAGUUGCAGGUCGCGGGAAAGAGGGCCGUCGGGAUCCUGGGUAUGGCGAUCGGAAACACGGCUGAGGAAGGCUUGAGGGUGGCGAUGGAGAUAGGUGAGGGAGAGAUGUGA